AUGAUGAUGGACAUUCAUUCAACAACAACAUCUCUACUCUCUGAACCAACUCAACCUUUGAGCAACAACUCGGAUCAUUCCCAACCCAUUCCAUCAAGUUCUUCACCCAAAUUCAACGACCUUUCAUCAUCCAAGAAGAAUGACCCUUCUCGCAUUCACAAAUCCUUGCAAGAGCCUCAAUCUUGGGGUGAAUUAUUAAAUUCCUAUCGAUUAGAAAAAUCAACCACUCAUGAUCUCAUUCAAAAACCUGAACCCAUCUAUCGUCAGACACGAGAUAAAAGUUACACUUGGCGACAAAAACAACGAGAAAUUAAUCCAAUUCUUCAACAAUUUAUUGAUCCCGAAAAAGAAUCAAAAUAUAAAGAACUUGAAAAUGAAUUACAAAUCAAACAAAUGAAUAGAGCCAUGGAUAAGGCUAUUUGCUUGGAAAGUCAUUUUGAUAUUGUCACGUUAAAGGAUAAACGAAGGUCAUCCUUGGACUUUGAUUUUUAUUUUAAAAGCAAACGAGUAGAAAAAGGAAAGAAAAUGAUUUCAGAUCCUUCUAUUACUAAAUUCUCAGAAAGUAAAGAAUUAAUUGACAGACAAACGAAAUUGAAGAAGUUUAAAACGCCCCCAAAGAUAUUUGAUGAUUUCUUUCUCAUUUACAAGACUCACGAUGCAGAUCGUCUGUUGAGACAAGAGUUACAGCAACGAGAUGAAUUUAUUAAAACAAGAUAUGACUCGAGUAUGAGAAACAAAUUUCAUCCCAUACUUCAAUCGUAUCGCAAUGAUGAAGAAUUAGAGAAGGUUGAAAGAGAAAAAGAAGAAAAUUUAAAAAGAGAUACUUUAUUGUACAAAUUAUCGAAGGAACCACAGACAAUCCAAAAGCUUAAUGAAGGAAAAGCAUACAACAUCAUUUCAAAAGAAAUUAUUGAUAGAAACAAGACAGAAGAGUUACAAUCAAGAAUUGAUAUUUAUGAACACAGACAACCCAUUGCUAAAGUAAAAUAUAACUAUGAAAAACAAUUAAAAGAAAAGGAUGCAUUUAUUGACAAGAGAACAGAAGAAAGAGCUCUCAAUUCAAAAACAAGCACUUUUGGGAAACGAGAAGCCUUAGGUGUCACAGAUUACAACAUUUUGAAUGGUGAGAAAAAGUCAUUCAUAUCCGAUUUAAAACCAGCACCUAUUUGGAAACAAAUUGAAAAGGACAUCUCGAAAAGUAGUACUACAAGCCCAAAAACAUAUCAAAUAAAAUUGAGAUAA